AUUCUUCUGCAAUACAAUCGAAAUUUUCCCAUUCGUGAUGUCUCGUGAAAUUAAGUAUGAACACGAAAGAGAUAGGCAAACAUCGGAGAAUUUAGAAGAUUUUCUAUCAAAUAAAGAAUGUUAUCAAUCGAUAGACGAAAGUAGAUUGAUAAGAUCUACCAUAAUUGAUGAAAUUAAAUGUUUAGCUAAGGAAUGGAUAAUGGAAAUGGUGGAAGAUAAUGAGGAAAGAAAAAGUAAAAUUAAUGGUAUAACGCAAUAUAUCUAUCCAUUAGGAUCCUAUGUUUUGGAAGUAAUGGAAAAAGACUCAAAUUUAGACCUAGUCUUCAUAGCUCCAAGUUUCAUAAGCAUAGAUGAUUUUCUGAACAGUUUUGCAAAAAAACUUGAACAAUGUCCAAACGUAAAAGAAAUACAUCCAAUAGAAAUAGCUCGAAAUAUAACUAUCAAAGCUCUAUACAUUGAUGUUGAAGUCGGUUUAACUUUUACUAAUCCGGACGUUUCUUAUUUAAACGGUGAAAACGAUAUUUAUCAACCAAAUAUUUAUGGGAAUAUGGAUUCACGUACUGCUUUUAGUUUGAAUGGUUAUCAUACUAUUCAAGAUAUCUUAAAGAUUAUUCCGAAUAGACAAACUUUCCAGAUAGCUCUAAGGGCUAUUAAAUUAUGGGCAAAGCAGAAAGGCUUUUAUAGCAGAAGACUUGGAAUUAUGGGUGGAACUUCUUGGACAAUUCUAGUUGUUUACAUUUGUCAAAGGUUUCCUAGAGCUUCACCUUCUCAAUUGAUUUAUCAAUUUUUCAACAUUUACCGUGAAUGGAGUUGGCCUAAACCAGUUGAAAUCAAACAGUUUAUCGGCAAAAACGUCUAUGUGAAGAAUUUAAAAAUUUUCGACUUUGGAGUAUCAAGAUUGGUGAGAGAUAAAAAUGCCUUAAUGCCAAUUCUGACUCCAUCUUUUCCUCGAAACAACUCGGCAUUUCGUAUAACUAGAUCUACGAAAUCUCUAAUUGUCGAAGAAUUUCAGAAAGGAUUCACUAUUUGCAAAGAGAUUGUAGAUAGGAAUGGGGAUUGGACAGCUCUCUUUGAACCGUAUCGUUUCUUUGAUAAAUAUGAGCAAUUUAUCGUAAUAACUGGUAACACCAUCGAAAACUACAGAAGCAAAACUUACUCUGUAAUAGAAUCCAAAAUUAGAGUAUUAACAAGAGAUUUGGAAAAAGAGGAUUUCCUUAAGACUCUUCAAGUCUUACCAAAUCCGUUUGAUUCGACUAUCGACGAUGAAUGUAGAAUAUGGUUUAUUGGUAUAAAAAUGGAAGAACUAGAGGACAAUUUCCCUACUGACUUACUACCACACGUUGAUAUGUUUGAAAAUACUACGUUGGCUAAACUAGAUGAAGUGGGCGUAGAGAGGGCCGAUGUUGAUCUGAAAGUUUCCUGUUCGGAGCGUAAAGAAUUAAGAUCUUUACCUAAAGAUGUUUAUGAUAAAAUCAUUGCAGUAGAGUGA